UUAUCGGACACUUCGGCACAUCGGUCACCGAAGACCGAUGUGCGGUUCACAGACUUAAAUAUAAAAUACUUGACCAGGAUUCUAUGGGCAGCACUCGUAAUUCUAUCAUGGUACGGAUCAGCGCUCCUGAUAAUAUCGGCCUGGGAAGCCUUCACCUAUAGCCCUAUUAGCUUUGGCCUGGAAACCACCUACACGGAGUGGGAUACUCAGAUGCCCACGGUAGCCAUCUGCGAAGUGGACAAUAAAAAGAAGCGAUUCGAAGUCGCUGACAGCUUUGUAAGGAUAAAAAGUACAAACAAUAUUGUAAAUUUUAAACAAUUUCUUUUACACAGACUCUGGCCCGAUCCAAAUCAUUUAGUGGAUUUAGAAGAUACGUUGACAGAAAUAGCGUACUACCGAGGAUCGAGCUUCGUCCUCGUAAACACGUGUUUUCUGGAAGCUAAUCCUGACCCUGAUUGUCUGAUGUCAAACUACAGCUACUAUGCCAAACUGGUCAGAAAUGAAUGCGACGAUAUUUUGAAAAACUGCUCGUACAAUGACAAACCGUUUCCUUGCUGCGAAUAUUUUCAGCCUAUAGAAACCGACAUGGGACCUUGUUAUAUUAUUAAUUCGAUACAAGUCAAUGGGAAAGCUUAUUCCAGGGAACCACAUCCCUAUCCAAUGCAGAGCAACAUGCGAAAUCCUCGCGGAGUUCUCAAAUUUGACGUAGCGAUGUUAUCUACCUUAUACACUAUCGGAGAGGAUGAAGUUCCAACAAUAACCACCUUGCUAUCCUCCACAUUGAACCUCAAACUGGGUUACAAUUAUCGCCGUAUGCUAUCAGUAAAACACAUAGAGAACGAUCCAUUGGUGGCUUCGACGACUCCGAUCCAGCGUGUCUGCCGGUUCCACUACGAGAACGAUGAGGGCUUGUAUCCUCACUACUCCUACAGUGCCUGCACGGUGCUAUGCCGCAAAAAGGCUCAGCUGGAGAUGUGCAAUUGUAAUGAUCACUUUAUGCCUGGAGCUGAUGAUGCAGGGAGAUGUAAUGUAUCGGGGAUGGCCUGUCUGAACACGCAUGUCCGAGAGCUGACUAUACUGAAACCUGCGUGGAACCGUCGGACAGGACUAAUCUGUGAUUGUAUGCCUUCCUGUGAUGAGGCGGAGAUUACCGUCAUCAAGGAUAUUAUUAACAAAAAGAAAAUCAAAACGAGUUCGCAUGUCGAAAUUGUCCUUGCCUACUUAUCCACAGAAAGGUUAAAACGGAAUGUGGUAAGGAGUCGUCUUGAUUUAGUAGUGUCCGUCGGAGGAACGACGGGGCUAUUUGUCGGCGCUAGUUUACUAAGCUUCGUUGAACUCUUUUUCUUUUUCACUGUCCGUUUUGUGAACAACAUCCUAAUGGACAGACGAGAAACGAAGAAAAUUGCUCUUAAACGGGAGGAAGUACCGAUAGAAGAAACUGUUUUGCAGAAGGAAAAGAAACGCCGCGAUUUGUUGCUGAAAGAGUUUAAUGAAAUACCAAGAGCUAUGCCUUCGUAUUAUCACAAACUUUAUUAUCCACAACGUACAAGUUAAGUCACACAUUUUGAUUACAUUCAACUUUUAUCAUCAAAAAAAUACCAACUUUAACAUAUUUUACGCCUUUAUAUUCAUACGCUGAGGAUUGAAAACAUGAAUUCAAUGUAUGUUCACCGUUUGGGUGUCAGCUUUACUUCAUAAUUCAUUUCCAGAACUUUUCCAAUUUAUCAACAGUAUCCAAAUAAUGUUAUUAUCACACAGUGACGAGUAGGUAUAUCAAAUGCACUUGACGUUUGUUACUUAUGGUGACAUAAUACAGUAACCUGAUUCACUGUAGCUUUGUUACGACACCGUCCACUCACUGACACAUAACUCAUAUGUAUAUCUAAGUAAAUGUAUGCAAUGCAAUUCAUCUCUUCGUAAUUCCAUGUGUGUGUAACCCUCGUAAAUAUGCAGUGACUUUGUGACUUACAUGUGUGUGUAAAGAACACACAAGUAAAAGCUUUAAUAAUGGACAAUUGCUGUCAAUCACACACACACAUAGCGCCGCGCGCACAGAUAAGUUAUACUAUCUUUAGUGUUUUCUGGAAGCCCAGUUACUUGUCCAUACAGGAAGAGCUCAAUGUUUAUGUAAGAGCCGUUGCACUGAAAGCCAUCUUGUAAUAAUCUUAAUUCGAUUCUGUCUCGCUAAUAUUAGGUAACGGUCAAACUCCGAUACUUUCACACGUGGCUUUAUAGUUGUAAUAAAACACAUCUUUGAGACCAAUUGCUUUAUUGUAUAGUAACAGAAGUACCUAUCCUACAAUAUGAUUUAUCUAUUUAUUCGUAAAAUAAUAAUUUUAAUUCAAGUAAUACUGAGAGUUUUGAUUAUAAGUACUUAAACAAGUAGAGAUAGCACUAAUUUUAUAUAAUUUUACAUAUAAAAAAUAUAAUUUGAUGACAAAUGCCGCCGAAAAUAUCAAAGACAAAAAGUGACAGAAUUUAAAAAAAAACUGCCUUUUAACCUUCGGAUCAGUGAUAAACCUUUAAACGAAAACCUAAAAAUGUACUUCAAUUACAUGUAUACAGAAUGGGGCAAAUGAAUCACUUGAAAAAUAUGUUAGCGCAUUGUCAUCACGUCCGGCCGUGGUCCAGCAUUUCAUUUUCUUAAUUAAUCAAUUUAAUCCUGGGAUUUUUACGUUAUAACAUUGUUACUCAUAGGCUAAUUCAUGAACUAUGUAAAAACGAAACAAUGUGAAAAUGGACAACAUUAUAACAGAAAAAAAAUAAAAAAUAUUUUCCGUAGAGCUAAAACUUAUAUAACCUAUCUACUACACUUGAUAUAUAAUACACUUGGAUAAUUCUCAAAAACCAUCUCUAAGCUAUACUAAAUAAAAUCGAUGUAAUCUAUUAGAAAAAAUCCUAAUUAAUUUGUAUUAGAACUCUACAACUAUUUUAAAUAGAGAUAAAUAUCUAUAACUACAUUUUUAUCAUGAUAUACACACGAUUAAAUAGUAAAUUUUUAAAUCAUCAAGAAAAGAGAAGGUCCCUAGAAUCAGUCAAUAAUGUUAAUAGUUAUAGAGCAUGACAAUAUUAAUUUAAUAAUUUAUUCAUUUUUUUUAUUUUACUCUACAUGUUGACGUUGUUUGGUAGUCCGUACUACAGAUUAUUUUAUAAUAUGUAUUGGAUAUUCAUUGAGAUAUUUAUACAGAUAUACAGUGCAAUAGUAAGAUAUGAUAUUGAAAUUACAAAAGUUAAUACUCCCAAAUGUCUAUCUCUAAGGACUUACCGCUAUGCAUUUUAGAAAAAGACGUCACUCUAUGUCUUGUAGCCCGCCGUCUUAUACUUCCACAGCGGUAAGCCGCCGUAAAGUUUACUCUGACUUCGUAACAAGUAUUGAAAAUUGGAAUUAAAAGUAUUAAACCGACAGAGACUUCCUGACAUCGCGACGAACCGUUUUUAAAUUCUCCAUUGUUGAGGCCAAGAGUUGUAGUAUCA